AUGCUUUCUGCUUGCCGUCAAAAUCGAUUACAAAUUAUAGUGAUAUACCGCGGCUUGAGAAUUAUUUCUCACGAUUGAAAUAAACGAUAUUUUAUAUUGCUUUUGGAGUUGUGGUAAAAACAGACAUAGACGGAAGUUUCCAAGUUGCAGCAAUGGCUGGAAUUGAGUCGAUGAUCGUGGAAGACAAACAGCAAGCACAGAAAACAGUCGAUCGGGAAAAGACUUGUCCUUUGCUUCUGCGAGUAUUCUGUUCAACUGGACGACACCAUUCAGCCAACGAAUAUAACCAUGGUAACGUUCCCUCGAAUGAGCUGCAGAUUUACACCUGGAUGGAUGCAACACUUCGUGAACUGACAACGCUUGUGCGGGACGUAAAUCCUGAAACCAGACGUAAAGGAACCUACUUCGAUUUUGCGAUUGUCUAUCCGGAUCGCGGAUCGACGUACCGAAUGCGGGAGAUUGGUGUCACCUGUUCCGGUCAGAAGGGUGCGGAUGACAUGAAAACUCUGGCCCAGGCAAAAUUCACAAUCGGUGAUUACAUGGACAUUAACAUCACACCCCCGAAUCGAUUGCCUCCACCGAGACGGCAGAGGCCCUACUAGGGACGAGCUGGCCCCGGAUUCCGAUGGGGCGGCAGAAGAACAGCUAGGAGAGACAACGCGUGAAACUGAGAACGAAACACUGGGUUUUAGAACAGAAAACGAUUUUUUCUUCGAUUUAUUACAAAACUUAUGUCGUAGAUGUAAAAUAAAUACCAUCCUAAUGACGAAAAUAUAGUAAGACAAGAUUUAAGAUGAAACUACAAUCUA